UUUAAAAUCUUUGCCACCAUCAAAACACACAUAGUGGAAAAAGCUUCACGCACUACACAGUAUAUGCUUUCCCGCAAACGUCCAUCCAAACCCUUCGCCACCCCCAAAUGAUUUGGCCAAAUCCACCAAAAUAUAAUUGAAAGUCCAAAUUUGAAUCAUUUGAUACACGUGUCGCAGCAUACGGCGUUCAUCGAUGAUGAUAGAUAUUCACCUGCACGCCAAUUCCCAACUCCAUCUUCUCAACUUCACUCAUUCUCAUCACCGUAAUUUCCCGCAUUUUGUCUCUAGAAGGUUCCGUACAACUGGGGUUCCUCAUCUGCGAGCUAUGCAGCAACAACAAGAGCCGGCCAAUGUACGAGUCCCGCACGUGCUCACCGUCGCUGGCUCCGAUUCCGGCGCCGGCGCUGGAAUCCAAGCUGACUUGAAGGCUUGCGCUGCCCGCGGUGUUUACUGCUCCACCGUUAUCACCGCUGUCACGGCUCAGAACACUGCCGGAGUUCAGGGAGUGAAUGUUAUACCCGAGGAUUUCGUUGGAAAACAGCUGAGGUCGGUGCUAUCGGAUAUGCAUCCUGAUGUUGUUAAAACUGGUAUGCUUCCUUCACCUGGCAUAGUGAAGGUCUUGUGUCAAAGCCUCAAGGAAUUCCAAGUUAGAGCUCUGGUGGUUGAUCCUGUCAUGGUAUCUACAAGUGGGGAUGUACUAGCUGGUCCUUCUGUUCUGGACACCUUGAGGGAGGAGCUUCUUCCACUGGCUGAUAUAGUAACUCCUAAUUUAAGAGAGGCAUCUGCUUUACUUGGUGGAGUCGCACUUGAAACAGUUGCUGACAUGCAUUUUGCAGCAAAAAAGAUUUAUGAUCUUGGCUGUCGAAAUGUUCUUGUGAAAGGAGGCGACCUUCCUAAUUGCUCUGAUGCAGUUGAUGUUCUAUUCGAUGGUAAGCAGUUAUUUGAAUUUCGAGCAGCCCGGAUAAGAACUUCUAAUACUCAUGGAACUGGCUGUACUUUGGCAUCAGCUAUAGCAGCGGAGCUUGCCAGAGGUUCUCCACUGUUCUCUGCUAUUAAGAUAGCUAAGCUUUAUGUUGAAUCUGCCCUGGAUUAUAGUAAGGAUAUUCUUAUUGGAGAAGGACAUCAAGGUCCCUUCGACCAUUUACUGAAGCUCAAGAAUAAUACCCUGAACCAAUGCGUGCCUCGACCGUUUGACCCAAGCAGUCUUCUCUUGUAUGCUGUCACAGACUCCAGGAUGAACAAAAAGUGGGGUCGAUCCAUAAGUGAUGCUGUCCAAGCUGCCAUAGAAGGAGGUGCUACUAUAGUUCAGCUGAGGGAAAAGGAUGCCGGCACUGGGGAUUUUCUGGAAGCAGCCAGAGCAUGUGUCGAGAUAUGCCACUCCCAUGGCGUACCUUUGCUGAUCAACGACAGAAUUGAUAUUGCCCUCGCUUGUGAUGCUGAUGGAGUUCAUAUUGGUCAGUCUGACAUGCCUGCUCGUGUUGCGAGGAUGCUCCUUGGGCCCGACAAGAUUAUUGGUGUAUCUUGCAAGACGCCAGCUCAAGCUGAGAAAGCAUGGGUUGAUGGGGCUGAUUACAUUGGUUGUGGCGGCGUAUAUCCAACAAAUACGAAACAGAACAACAUCACGGUGGGCUUGGAUGGGCUGAAAACGGUAUGUUUGUCAUCCAAGUUGCCGGUGGUGGGGAUUGGCGGAAUCGGCAUUUCAAAUGUGAAAUCAGUGAUGGGCUUAGGUGUCCCAAAUCUUAAAGGAGUCGCAGUUGUAUCAGCUCUUUUCGACAGGGAAUCUGUUACAUCUGAGACGCAAGGUUUGCUAAGUGUGAUAAUGGAUUCAAGAAGGCAAUGAAAUGAUCUGAUUGAAGUCAUUGUUAUAGACGGAUGCUGCAUAUUGCUGUUUAGGACUCUUCAAUGUAAUGCUAUUCUCUAUGCACUAUAACAUUUAUCCAUCUUAAACAAAUCCUUUAUCAAUAAUGGUACUUGGUUUCCUCA